GGUUGAUCAGCAGAGACAGUGUCUCUGGCAAACGAGUACAGCGUUGUUUUCUGAUCAUCUCAUUAUCUGCAGAUAAUCAGUCAAGGAGAUGAGAGGUUUUCACCUGGUGACGGAGCUGAGGUCAGACCUUGGCGUCUCAUUUGUGACCUGUGCUCCUUCCAUGUGGAGCAAUAAAAGGUGACAACAGCACAGUUUUCGCUGGGAACUUCGGACGCAGGUCAGCAAUCCUGCUGACAUUUAUCGGAUCACAUCAGCGUAUAAAUACAGUGAUGAGCUCAGACAGUUUCUCAGAUCAGGAUUCACUGAGGUGUCCACUUGUCUCAUCAUCAUGAGGAUGUUUGCAGUUAUCUUCGCUCUGGCAGUUUGGUCAGGCUGCCAGGCCAAAAGUGUUCCUCAGGCAGACGGGAGGAAUUCCUGGCUCCUCAACGUCGAUGAGUUUGCGGAUUAUUUCAGUGACUUGAGCUCAAAAGCUGACGAGUUUGUCAAGAACACCAAGAAUUCCCAGAUCAACAGAGAACUGGACACCUUGAUACGGGACAGCAUGUCCGAGCUGACCUCGUACAGCAAGGAUGUGCAGGACAAACUGGCCCCGUACACGCAGGAGGCCGCAAAGAAUCUGGGCGAGGACCUGAAGACAAUGGCCGAGAAACUCCGCCAGCACAUGGAGGAGGCCCGGGAGCAGAUGGACAAGUAUGUCCAGGAGCUGCAUACCAUGAUGGAGCAGAACGCCGACGACGUCAGAAUCAGGCUGACGGCCUACAACCACAAAAUGAAGAAACGCCUCACCAAGGACACGGAGGGCAUCAAGAGACAAGUUGCUGACUUCUUUGAGGAGCUUCAGACUCGUACGUCGGACAACAUGGAGGAGGUGAAGACUCGCUUUGAGCCGUACUUCUCUAAGGUGCAGGACAACGCUCAGGCCAAGAUCUCCACACUCAACGACCUGCUCAAGUCCCAGACGGACAACCUGCAGGACAAGAUCCAGGCCACAGCUGAGGACAUCAAGGAGCGCCUUGAGACGACCACAGAGGACCUGCGGUCCACCCUGGAGGACAAGAUGAAGGAUGUGUCCAUCUGGUUCCAGCCUCUUGUCAACCUGUUCCAGGAGAAUGAGUAAAGGCUUUACUCAAAGCAUCAGGAAUGACCACCAGAGCCUGUGUGUGGUUUUAAGGAUUCAUCAAUAAAGAUGGUUGAAGGGAUGUUUGUCCACAUGUCCAUACAGUCUGUGUCUCAUCACCUGUUACAAUCCUGUCUCACAACCUGAAAUGUCGACUGUGUUGAAUUCAAGACCCACAAAUUCAAACUUACUCCAUUGCUGCUUUAAUAAAAGAAAAAAACAAAACUUC